AUGCCCUCACACCAUGUAGAACAACUUCAGGCCUUGUUCCUCUCCCUCUGUGUGUUCUGGGCCGUCGUACAUCUGCUCUAUCGCAUUGUAUCUCGCGCUGUCCGUCCGAGGUCGAUUUUGCCAACAACGUCUGGGGCUCCCCGGCACGUGGGCGAUUUCUUCAAGCAGUCCCUCACGCAAGUAUCCUUGUGGAAACUUCACCUUCGAAUACAGACCACCGCGUUCAAUUCCCUACACGAUGGAAUCAUUUCCUCUUUCAAUCAAGCUCGAGGGUCUGUUACCAGAGGCGCACUAGUGGCUCUGUACGACUUCGGAGCUGUCUCAGGUGUGGUCGGCCUUCUAGGCUCGAUGCUCCUUCUUCUAUGGACGGCCAUGAAGUCCGCAUCUUCAUUACGUUACUUCUCCUCAGCUGUCAGCCUGAACUCUAUAUCCGCCCUAAAGAGGAGAGAUUCAUUGUCGUCUCAGUCGACCAGGUUCGGCGAACCUUCACGAUUGCCCAUCCAAUUGAUUAUACCAGGACUUACAGUCCCCCUCGUGCAUCUUCCAUUGAUGCUCUUUGCUCUAGUCGUAAGCCAGGUGGUCCACGAAGCCGGUCACACAGUGACAGCUGCACUGGAGUCCGUGCCUGUCACCUCUAUCGGGGCCACCUUGACUGUGCUGUUUCCUUCGGCCUUCGUCACACUCUCCGCACAUACUUCCGGCGCGCUUCCACCUGCUGCAAGACUACGUGUCAGUUCCUCUGGCGCGUUCCACAAUAUCUUAUUAUGGCUCCUUACUGCCGUUGUCUCAGCCAGUCUUUCGCCAUUGUUUUUGUCCAUCGGGUACAUCGACAUCGGUCCAUGGGGACGGGUUGUUACUGAUAUUGUUGAGGAUUCUCCAUUGCGAGACCACCUUCCCAUCGGGGCGAUAGUAACUAGACUGGAUGAUGUACAACUAACGCGCGCAAACGCUUCCGUGGAUAUAUGGUCUUCAUACCUAUCGGGAUCUUAUAAACUGCUCCACGAAGGCAGCGAGACUAACCCGGGCUGGUGUGUAGAGCGGGCUUGGUUUGCAGAUCAAGCGGAUUCCUGCUGCAGGUCGUUUCCGAACGAUGGGUCGCAUGGACAGCCGGUGUCAUGUUUCGUCUCUUACGAGCCCGCUGCUCUGGAAAGAUGUGUGGACCCUGUCCCUUUCCUCGACGAAUCCACAUCGUCUUCAAACGCGAAACGCUGCCUUUCCUCGAUCGACUGCGGAGGGAACUUCCUGUGUGUCUGGCCGCGAAGCGACCAAGAACUUUUGCGACUGACGUUACAGUCUCCUCCAUCGCUGCGCCAACCCGAACCCCAGCGAGAGCACGUCGUCGUAUGGAGCGGGUCACGUCUGGAUAUCUUGGAAGAAGUCGAGGUCAGCAAGUGGAUGCCUCGCAUCAGGUAUCUACCACUUCGUCUACCUCGUGUCGCCAGUAUAUUUGUGGAGUAUUUGAAGCUACUCAAUCUUUCGUUGUACUUCAUCAACCUUCUCCCCAUGUCUCCCCUCGACGGGGCCCAAUUUCUGGAUGCUCUCGCCGACUACGUUACUUCGUGGCAUACAUCUGCCUCCUCUGCAAUGGAAGCUCAAGAGGCUUUCAUUCACCUUGAAAGUGGCCCUCAGUCCUUGGUCGCUGCUGGGGCUGUUCCAUACUACGGUCGGUGGAAGCAUCGGGUCCAGCGGAUAUUUCACAUUUGCGUGAUAGUACUGCUGGCGUUGUGUAUUUCCUCGGAAGUUUGUAAUGCUCUCACCUCUUGA